UUCAUCGUGGACGACGCACCUGCACUCGCCAUCAACCGUCUCUUCAACAUGACGCAAGGCAACACAGCAACACGUAACUGGCUCACGGAAUGGCAGAAGAUCGCGGCAACGCCCGAUCUCGACUUGCCAUUUACGCAUCUGUGUCGUGAGUUCUACAACAGGUCAUGCGCUGCAUUGAGCCUUGCUCUUGGUGAUCGCGAGCAGUAUGCAACCUUCGCUGAGAUCAUUGACAAGGCGAGGGAGAUCAUCAAGACCAACAGGGCGGUUGCACACGAGAGGUCAACGUGGCAGCCGACCUAUGUGGAGAAGGUAAAGACUGGUCCGCGGCCGCAGCAUGUCGCUGCAGUCCAAUCGGACAGUGGAGAAGACCCGGCAGCCGCCCAAGCAUCACGUGAGGGAGAUCAGGUGGCUGCUGUCCAGCCGCGAAGCAACAACAAGUUCCGAGUACCGACUCUGUUGAUGGACGCCGGAGUAGAGGUUGUCGACCUUCACGCCUACAUUGCGAAGAUCGACAGCGAGUUUAAGACGCAACGAUCGGAGAAGCGACCUGCAAUGCUUUCAUCGAUUGCGGAGCAUCUCGCAACUACAUCAGCCAGGACUUCAUGGUGCGCGCCGGCCUUGGCCCACAUGUUCGAAGGAAGCCCCAGCCUACACAAGUCACGAUGGCGGACGGUCACACGCACAAGUCAAUCGACCGGUGCAUUGAUGACGUCCUUUGACAUUCUGGACACCAAAUUCGACAUGAUCUUGGGCAUGUCAUGGCUGCGAAGCGAGGAUCACCCGGUGAACUUCUACCACCGCACCGUUCACAUUCGUGAUAGGAACGGAGUACUAGUCCCAUGCACGGUGCCUCUUCCUCAUCCUUCGAUCAGCUGUCACGUGGUAUUCGCCGCAAGCAUGCGAGCUUCCAUCAUCAGCGACGACAUCGAGGAGAUGGGGGGGUGUUUUCUCCACACCCUCCCGCCCCAUGACGCUUCAUCGACGGACUCUUCUUCGGAUCCACGCAUCACCAAGCUUCUCGACGCCUACGACGACGUGUUCGAAGGGCCGCACGGAGUAGUACCGGAUCGGCCCAUCCGCCACGAGAUCAUCCUCGAGGACGGGGCCGUACCUCCGCGCGGUUGCAUCUACCAAAUGAGCGAGGAAGAGUUAAGUGUGYUUCGGGYACAACUCGRCGACCUUCUGGAGAAAGKYUGGAUUCGGCCUAGCUCAUCGCCAUACRGUGCUCYUGUUCUCUUCGUCCGGAAGAAGAACAAGGAUUUGCGGUUGUGCAUCGAUUAUCGCAAGCUCAACGCGCAGACGAUCAGAAACGUCGGCCCUCUCCCACGCAUCGACGACCUUCUCGAACGACUGGGCGGCGCCAAAUUCUUCUCCAAGCUGGACCUCAAGUCGGGAUAUCACCAACUCGAGAUUCGGAAGGAGGACCGCUACAAGACCGCGUUUAAGACGCGAUAUGGGCAUUUCGAAUGGAUGGUUAUGCCAUUUGGCCUUACGAAUGCCUCGACCACUUUCCAAGCGGCUAUGACAACGGAGUUCCGACACAUGCUAGAUCGAUUCGUACUUAUCUACCUCGACGACAUCCUGGUGUACAGCCGGAGUUUGGACGAGCAUGUGGAACACCUGCGCACCGUUUUGGAGCGGCUACGACAAGCCAAGUACAAAGCCAACCGCGACAAAUGCGAAUUCGCACGGCAGGAGCUGGAGUACUUGGGACAUUAUGUGACGCCGCAAGGCAUCCGUCCGCUUGCAGACAAGAUCGAGGCCCUCCGCGUAUGGCCCGAGCCCACCAACACCACGGACGUUCGUUCAUUCAUGGGGUUGGCAGACUACUAUCGGCGAUUCAUCACCGGAUACUCAAGGAUUGCUGCACCUAUGACGAGAUUACAAUCGCCAAAGGUGCCAUUCGUAUUUGAUGACGACGCACGCCGGUCAUUCCAAGCACUUAAGACGACCAUGCUCAUGGCACCCGUCCUUAGCAUCUAUGACCCCACCCUGCCGACGCGAGUGACUACGGACGCUUCCGGCUAUGGCAUUGGGGCAGUCUUGGAACAGCACGACGGCGACGACUGGCACCCUGUGGAGUAUUUCAGCCACAAAGUGCCUCCCAUCAACUCGCUUGAUGAUGGAAGGAAGAAGGAGCUGCUCGCGUUCCGACACUUCAUCAGGGGCUAUGAGUCCGAUCCAGACUUCGCCACGCUAUAUGCGCAGCUAUCUUCGGAUCACCCGUCGGCCAGCCACUAUCGCAUCGCCGAUGGGUACUUGCUCCUGCACUCACGGGGCAAGGACUUACUAUGUGUCCCACGCGACCGCUGUCUUCGGACUCGCCUCCUCGGCGAGUAUCACGAUUCGCGACUCGCCGGCCAUUUCGGAGUCAACCGCACUAUUGCACGGCUUCGACAGCGAUUCCGAUGGCCCGACCUCAUCACCGACGUCACGAGGUAUUGCGACUCUUGCGAAGUUUGCCGACGAAGCAAACCGCGCAACCGCAACCCUUACGGCGAGCUGCACCCGAUGUCGAUCCCUCAGGAACCCGGUCUCUCCAUUGCCAUGGAUGUCACCAGACCAUUCCCCCGCGACCGCUUCGGACACGACGGCAUCCUCACGGUCGUGGACCGAUUGAGUAAGUACGCGCGUUUUCUCCCUUGCAAGUACUACUCCACGGCUCCCGAGCUGGCACGCCUCUUGCACACCGGUUGGAUUUGUGGCCACGGUGUACCAGAAGACAGAGUCAGGGACCGCGACACUCUUUUCAUGUCGGCAUUUUGGACUGCGCUCAUGCAGGAGUCCGGCACGAAGAUGAAACCAAGUUCUGCUCGGCAUCCACAGACGGACGGGCAAACAGAGCGGGCACAUCAAACUGCUCAAAUGAUGCUUCGUACGCUCAUCCGUCCGGACCAGAAAGAUUGGGUUGACCGCCUCCCCGACAUCGAGUUCACCUACAACACUUUGGUGCACCCGGCGAUCCGCGUGACUCCAUUCGAGUUGCACCAUGGUGGACGGAAAGGUCGUAUCUUCGCCGACCUUCUCCUCCCACGACCAGCCGACAUCGAUGCCGCUUGCUCUCCCGCUUCCGUCCGGAAGUACAGGGAAUUGCUAGCUCAAGCUCGCGCAAAUAUGCGAAAGGCUCAAGUCCGCAUGCAGCAGCAAGCCAACAGGCAUCGCAUGCCAUGUCCCAUCCGCGCCGGCGACCUGGUUUGGGUUUCCGUGGAAGAGUUUGCACUGGAACAGCAUGUCUCACGCAAACUGCUUCCCAAGUGGUUUGGACCAUGGCCCGUAACAUCAGCCGCGGGCGAUGAGCUCGAUGGCCCUUCAUUUGUGAUCAACAUCCCCCCGCAUCUGACGGUCCAUCCAGUCUUUCACGCCUGAAAGCUGGCAACAUACACGCCGGCUAAGAGAGAUGACUUUCCGGGCCGACGAUCACAGGACCCUCCUUCUAUGGAUGGUCAUCAGGAAGUUGACCGCGUCAUCACCGAUC